AUGCUUUUCUAUAAUCUGGGAGAUGACAUCCCAAAAAAAUACUUCUUCAGUAUAGUGCUACUUCUAUCUCUGCUGACAUACGUUGUCUUGUUUCUACAAAGAACCUCAGAUAACGACAGAAAAUUGUUUAGCAGUAGAGAACCCUACAGAUACCCAUAUUUUGUCAAAUAUAGUUAUCGGUGGCCCCAAAGACCUUCCGCGUCCAUUAUAGACGGCACCACUGCUGUUGGCAAUAGCUUCAACAUUAGCAAUAGCCUCUUCACUGCAAAUGAGAAGAUAAGACAGGAGAUUGACAAAAAAUAUUGUGGCAACAAAAGAUGUAGGUUUUUGUUGCCUGUCGCCAUCACAGAACAAGAAUCGAAAGCACAGUUUCAUUUCCGCCAGCUUGCUUUCUUAGCAGGAAAGAUAGAUCGAACGAUUGUACUACCGAAUACAUACAAUUCACAUCUUGGAUCAUGUCUACAUCAUCCUUUUCACUUCUAUUACGAACAGAGCUGGCUUGACAGAAAUAGGAAGCAUUUCAACUAUAUCACAAUGGAAGACUUCAAAGCGUGGCUCCUUGAAAGACAGAUGAAGGAUGUUGUUCCAACAGCGCAAGAGCUGUAUAUUCAGCGCUCUCGUCGAUCACUAUUGCUUGAGAAGGUUGAUAAUUGCUUCAGUAAUUCGUUCGACUUCUCAGGUCGCCCUUCAGUUUAUUAUCGAUUUCCCGAUUCUCACAAACAGAGCAAAAUCAAUGUGACGGAUGUAAUGAUGCGGUUACUGAGUGAUGAAACAAGAGAGCACGAAUAUCUCCUUACGGACUCCUACUCUAAUGAAAUUGUGGAUCGUGCGUCUACUCCUCCUCCGGUGGAUGUUAUCAACCUGUUUUAUGACAGAAGGUACAAAAUUCUUAAUGAAAAGGAUGCUGACGUUCCUUUACCUUUCAGUCAACAUUGGGUUGAUAUCGCAAACAAUAUAUCGGCUCAGUUAUUUCCUUAUAUUGCUAUUCAUUGGAGAAUGGAACGAUUGGAGCCCAUUCCCAAUCUUUUGCCCUGUGCAGAGAAUUUGGUAGACAGUAUACACGCAUUAGAAAAUGAGCAGUAUACCAACAAUCAAGAGACGAUACCGAGAAAACUUCGAAAGCCUUUACCGAAUGUAUUCCUUCUCACCGAUUACCCUCAUUUGCUCAAUGCUACCGGAGCAAAACCAGAGUCCGUGUCUUUCCAGACAAAACAGCUGAGAAAUGAACACCAUGAGGCAAUACAGUAUCUUUAUCAACAUCUCAAUAUUACCCUUAUUUCUGCUGACAACGGAAGAAUCCCGUAUGAUGAAUUGCCCAGUGAUAGUUGGCAUAUUUUACCCGUCAAUGUUUCAUCCAGUAGUCAAAAAGAUCGCUACCCCGAUAGAAGCGUCCUUGGCAUCAUUGACAAAUUAGUAGCCAUCAAUGCCCAAUGGUUUUUCGCCGGCCGACCAGGUGUUUGUGCUAAAUCCAGCAGCUUCACUUCACAUAUUUCGGGUAAACGUCUCAAGAAAUUCAAACAUCAACAGUUGGAAGAAAGUAAUGAAAGUAAUGGAGAUGUCACCAAUAAGAUUAUCGUACCUCUAAAAACUUUCGAUUUAAAAAAGAGGCUCUCUUAG